CGCUUGUUCUUUCAGCACACAUCAGUCUCUUGAAAAACAUCGUCACGCAUUAAUAAAUGAACUCGUGAUUGCAGCUUAAGUAUAUAAUAUCGUGCACGGCGAGACAAUAAGUACAAAAAGUGCAUCGAAUGAGUAAUUAGUUAUCUCCUGAUGCGAGCUAAAAGCAGUUCAUUAUCUAGCAGUACAGAUUUAAACGGUUUGGAGAAAAAUACUUUUUUUUUGUUUUGAAUAUCGAAUGGAAAAAUGUUUUUAAGCACGUUGGAGCUAAGCGUGAUCGCAAUAGGUUUAUUAUCAGGUUUGUACUAUUAUCUCGUGGCGAAUUACGACUAUUGGGAAUCUCGUCACGUGAAAGGACCGAAACCCGUUCCUUUUUUCGGUACUGUUAAAAAUUUGAUGUUUGGAAAAUACUCGAUCGGUGAUUACUGCGCACUAGUGUAUGGCGAAUGGAAGAACGAGCCGUUUUCCGGUGUCUACUUGCGUCGGAAGCCAGUCAUUAUUCUACACGAUCUUGAUCUUAUAAAGAACGUUCUAAUAAAAGAUUUUAGUAAAUUCGCCGAUCGCGGUAUCAAGUUCAACGAAAAGGUCGAACCGCUGGCGCCUCAUCUUUUCAACCUCGAGCCCAAAAGAUGGCGACCGUUGAGACUGAAACUGUCGCCGACUUUCACUUCUGGCAAACUCAAAGAUAUGUUUUAUCUUCUCGUCGAGUGUGCCAAUCAUUUGGAAAAGUAUUUAGGCAGUAUAUACGACGCGACUAACGCCCGAGAAAUGAUAAUGGAAGUACGGGAGUUUACGGCUAAAUUUACGACCGACGUCAUUGGGGUCUGUGCAUUUGGGCUUCAAAUGAACGCUAUGGCCGAAGAGGACAGUCCUUUUCGAGUUAUGGGACGACGCGUAUUUUCAUUCAAUUGGAAAAAAUUCGUGCAAUUUCGCAUCAGGGAUGUUUCCCCGAAAUUAUAUGGAAUCAUCGGACCCUUGGUCGUUGAUCACGAGCUCAACAAUUUCUUCAUCGAUACCAUGAAACAAACGAUGGAGUUCAGAAAAAAAAAUAACGUCGUUAAAAAUGAUUUCGUUGAUCUUCUCAUGGCAAUCAAAGACCACCCUCAGAAGAUUGCUGAAAUCGAUUUGACGGACAACUUGAUGGCGGCUCAGCUUUUCGUAUUUUUUCUCGCUGGUUUUGAAACUUCAUCGAGUACAAUGAGCAACGCUUUUUACGAGCUUGCACUGAAUCCCAUGGUUCAGAAGAAGUUGAGAGAAGAAAUAAAAAGCGAAAUGGACAAAACCGGAGGUGUAAUCGAUUACGAAUCAAUCAAGUCGUUGAAGUAUCUUGACAUGGUUUUUCAAGAAACUCUGCGAAAAUAUCCACCUGUAACGGUCCUCAUGCGAAAAUCUUCAGAGCCCUACACCUUCGAGACUUCCUCCAAAGACAAAAUAGUCUCGGUGGAGAAAGAGCAGACAGUUUGGAUACCGAUUUAUGCGAUUCAAAGGGAUCCCCGCUAUUUCCCGAAGCCGGAACUCUUCGAUCCCGAAAGAUUUACCGAAGAGGCAAUAAAAACUCGACAUCCAAUGGCUUAUUUGCCUUUUGGUGAUGGCCCAAGAAAUUGUGUCGGCAAACGAUUUGGUGUAAUGCAGACAAAAGUUGGCCUCGUCAAAAUCUUGCAUCAUUACCGGGUCGAAGCUUGCGAAAAAACGUGCGUACCUUACGAAAAUGAACCCAGAGCCUUUCUACUCGCGCCAAAAAAUGGUAUUUACCUCAAAAUAGUUAAAGAUCAAAUCACCGAUCUGUAGCGCCAGCAAACAAAACCUGUGCAUAACUUUGUAGUAUUUCUGUAAAUACUUCGAGUUUUCACAAUUCCCUGGAAUUUUUAUAUUAUCAGUCAAAUUUUUUAUUCGUACGUGCGCAGUAAGUGUUAUACGCGCACAAAGCUCGUUCAUCAAAUGCAUUAUCAAAUUACUGCUUAUAAUUGCAAAUUUCUCAUGUAAUGUUUAUGACAUAAUAAAAAGAACAACCUUCAUA